AUGAUAAGACUUAAAAAAGUUGACAAAAAUAUCAGAUUUACCCGUGUGACUUGUGCUGUUGUUGCUCUUUCUUUGGCAAGUGUUGUUGGUCUUACAUUUUUGGUACUUUCUUGUGCUUUGCCGACUUUCAAGUUUAUUUUUUUGUUUAUAUCCGAUUAUUUAAUUUUCAGGGGUAAUUGGUGGCCAAUUUUUGUUUUGGUGUUUUAUAUACUUUCCCCUUUGCCAAUUUCUUUGGCCAAACAUUUUCGUUAUGAUGUGGGACCAACAUCUCCAACUAUUGAGCUUGCAGUAUUUGGGACGACUGGUAUUGUGCUAUCGGCGUUUGCAUUGCCUUUUGUUUUGGCACAUGUUGGAGUGAUCAAAUGGACUGCUUUUAUGCUCUCCAGCAUUGGCUCUGUUAGUAUUUUCUCUACCAUCUUUGCUUAUUUCUUAAUGCAAAAUGUUGAAGAAAAUGGUGGUUGGGGAACUUCCAUGAUCUAAAAAUGAGACUAUAACAUUGCGACUGGCGCAUGUUUUCUCGUCUAUGUAGCAAAUUUAUGUAUAUUUUUAACAAUUUUUGGGAUCCAUAAAUACUUCAAUUUACUCGAGGGUUCCUCUGC